CCCCGCUUUUCUUGCCUCCUACUACGUCACUGUUUAAAAUUCUAUACAGAUGUAAUUAAUGGCCCUCAAGCUGAAUAUUAGUCGCAGUCAAUAAUCAUCUUUUGAUUAGAGCUGUCACUUAAUCAACAGAGAGUCCCGUGCUCUUUAUCCUCACGAGCCACCCGGUUAGAGGAGCACUCGAAAGGGAGCGCGGCAGAGCCGGUAUCGAUCUGAGCGUUUCGUGUGGCCGCUCGUGCACGACGUUUCUCGGGAUAUUCGCCUAGCGGUCGCCGUCGGCGCCGGCCUUGUAAACAGUGCAUUACGCGCCGCGUAUACCUAUUACAUCCGCGCGAUCAUGAACGCCGAAGCUAAUUAAUAUCGCGGUGGACGCAUCUGAAGAGUGCCUAACUCACAUUUGACUUCAUUCUUGAUUGAUCUCUAAAAGCGGACUUUAUAAGAAAGCAAGAUGGGCUGUUUCGUCAGCAAAGAUAAACUCACCAAGGAAGACAUGGACUUCCUCAAAACGCACACAUCUUACGAUGAGACUACCAUCAAGGAGUGGUACAAAGGUUUUAAGCAAGACUGUCCGAACGGGAGGCUGACGCCAGCAAAAUUCGUCGAUAUGUACAAGAUGUUCUUUCCAUCUGGAAAUGCAGUCGAAUUCUGUGAUCAUGUGUUCCGCACAUUCGACAUGGACAAGAACGGCUAUAUAGAUUUUAAGGAAUUUCUGCAGGCGAUUCACGUUACAUCGAGUGGCACGCCUGAAGAAAAGCUUAAAUGGGCCUUCCGCAUGUAUGACGUGGAUGGCAACGGAGUCAUUGACAUCCAGGAGAUGACCAAAAUUGUUCAGGCGAUCUACGAUAUGCUCGGCGCAUGUUCGAGUAACCGCCCCGCCGACUCCGCCGAGGAGCGUGCCAAGAACAUCUUUGCUAAAAUGGACGAAAACAAUGAUGGCCAGCUCACGCAAGACGAGUUCCUCAAAGGCUGUCUCCAGGACGAAGAGCUCUCCAAGAUGCUGGCCCCUUAAGUGGCUCCCGGCUCAUACAGCCCGCGGUCCGGUCUCACCACCCACCCCUUCACUGUACCUCACGAUAACCCGACGGCGUGCUCCUGUAGACACGACAGCAAUCUAUGAGGCAUAAAGUAAUUCGGUUCCACGAUUUAUCGUAACCGACACUCCUUUUUGGUGAGAGAUAUAUGUAUAAAGUACGGAUUAAAAAACAUUACUCAUUUGUAAAUAUUUUUCAUAAUUUAUGCACACUAUUUUAUGAACGCGAUUUAUUAUAACACAAUUGCGUGCUAUCCAGUCAAUUAAUAAUGAUUUUGAGAUUAAUUUUAUUUAUUGUUACACAAUGUAUUUCUUAUCGACUCACUUAGUAUUUGCAUAGCGACGUUUGUCUUUCGGCGAGUAAUUAUUGAGUGAUGUUGUGUGGCUGUCGUGUCGGCAUGGUUAACUACGAAGUGUACACAGUAUCCGUGAUAAUUGACAUGUUAGUGCAGCGGCCGCUAGCGCCAAGUGCAGCCUUCGUUUUCAUUGGUAAAACCCGUCAUUCAAUCAUGCCUACAUCCGAUUAACUCCUAUGAAUAACGUGAGUAAUGGGAGAUAUUAUAAUGCUGAAGUAUAUUUAUAAGAGUAUACAAAUGGUGAGAAUAGUUCUCGAGUAAAAGAGAGAAGUUAAAUGAUUAGAAAUAAGAGGCGGAGAAUUUUAUCGAUAGCGAUAGCUGCGCUUCCUCAUUGACAUCAUCUACACCGAGCUUUUUCCAAUAGGUGUUUACUAUAUAUUUGUGAAAAGAUAUUUGUACUUAGCGAAUAUUAAUGUAACGAACAUAAAGUCAAUGAAUUCUUGAAUAUUAAAAAAUAUUGAAAUGUCCAUUCCUAUUUGAUAAAGUUAAUGUAUGUGAACGGUAAUUGUAUAAGAAGUAUUACAUUUCUGUCGCUGUCGGACUGUCCUAUCCUAUAUUUAUAAAUAUUGUAUCCGAACCACUCGCCUUUCGCAUAGGUCUAUCGCUCGUAAGUCAUAUUCUUCACUGUUCAGCCUUAAUGCCCCUUGACGUAUAUUUUUACUAGCUAAUAUUUAGGAUGGAGCAGGCUCAGUGCCCGCUACCAUCCACCUUAUAUAUUAUAUGUAUUUUGCUAUCAGUAGUCACGAGAUCUCCUUCGCCAACAAGAGAGGUUUGUGCUCAGUCGAUAGACUUACAUGCAGCGCUGAAACAAACGUACCUAACAGUUUUAUUUCUGUGAAUGUAAAUCUUUGUUCAAAAUGCCUGCUUUUGACUCAUUUACUCAAUUACAUUUCAAAUAAUAAUUUCUGAUGAGUAAGUUAUUACCGGAUUUAGUUUUUGGGGAAGUGUUUUAGUAUAAUCGAAGUGGAAUGCGCGAUAAUCAGCACACAAUCGGCGACAGAAACAGUUGCGUGCGUGGCGCUGUCAUCAAGUUACGAGUAGGUUCUUAACUCACUUAGUUGCAGUUUUCGCAAACGGACUAUGCCAUUCUUAUUACUAGCUGUCUAACAAGAUUUUACAAAUUCUAUUUAUUUAUAGCCAUUUUUUAUAUUGUUGUAACUAGUAUUCAAAGGUACCUAUACAAUAAAAUAUCUGUCGAUGAUUUUGCCUUCUUGGUUCAUAACAUUGGUCAAAUUGUUUCCACACUACUGUGCCUUCUAGCUCUCUUUGUAAAUAGUUAUCAUUCAUUUUUCAUUCAUCAAUUUACAAUUUCACUUUAUUGCAUUUCAUAGUUUAUUAUUUUCUAUAGUUUUCUUUUUUAUCUAUCAGGUUUCUAAUCAACUUUUUUAGUUUAAAUCAUUUCUCGGGGUUUUGCUUAGUUUUAACAACCAUUCGCAUUAGUAGCAGACCAGCAGAAUACAUAUACUCAUCCCCUCCUUCGGGGCGAUAAUGCUAGCAUAAGAAAAAUAUAGUAGGUACUGUACUCUUAUGAUUCUUUCGAUUCUUCUAUAAAGACAUGAGUGGUUGGCCAUAUUGUAGGUAUUACUAAUAAACUAAGGGGUUGCAAUAUUUUAAACAUGUUGAAACAGUUGUACGACUAAUUAUUAUUUGAGCUAAGUUUCGUGUUAAUCUUGAGUAUUUUAUUUUAUAGGCGCAAAUAACGGUUCAAAGUACAAAGUAAACGAACGCACAAAUUGCUAAGAAUAGCAACGGGCAGAACUCACAUUACAGUUGAGAUGUUACCUCUAACCCCUAAACCAAUAAACCUGCUCUUUGCUGAUGAGGGCAAACGUUUUUUUAGACUGCCGAGUGGUAUCUGUUGAUGGUCACCUUCACAAAAGUAUAGACAUUGCUUUUUAUAAAAUCAUGUGAUUUUAUAAUAAGCAUUUACCGAAUUUGUAAUGAAUGAAUACAUAGUUCUAUGUAGUUGCCUAAGGCGCAAAUCGAAUGAGGAUUAUUUUUAUGAUAAUUUUAAUCUUAGUAGGUAUUAUUGUGAUUUUCAAUUCAAUAUCCCUGGGACAUGGAGUUGAACUAAAGCCCGACCAGUAAUAUAUGAUCAUUGUCAAGAGGGCGCUGUUAUUCUCGUUGUACUCGUAUAAGGUGACAGUUCAGUAUAGUAUGAAAAAAAAAUAGUUCCAGUGAAAUUCCGCAACAUGGCGCGUGAUCAUAUAUUUCUGGUCAAGCUUUACAUGCUACGAAAUUAUGAUAGCAUGAAAGUAUUUAUUCAUUAGUUAUGUGUACAACCGUGAAUCGUACCUAAUUCAAAAACACAAGACAUCUCCUCUAAAACGUAAUAGUACAUUACUACAGAGGCCGGGAAGUAAGGGGUUGCCGGCCGAAUGCAUAUAUACGGCCGAACGUAGUGAGGCCGGAUAGUUAUGAGGCCGACAACCCCUUUUCACGCCGAUGUAUGUAUAGUGCUUUUCUCAAACAUGCAAUGAAAUAAAUAAAGAAAUCUCCUCGAAAUCAAAAUAUAACUACCACCUGUACCUAUCUUUAUCACACGUGUCGUAUAUUUUAAACAUGUAGUUAAUCAAUUUAUUACACAAAUGUUCAAAGGUAUAUCUAUGUAUCUUUGAUUUUUCGCCUUGCAUCCUUCUGACUGUAGUUUUAGCCACAUAACUAAGAUUACAUCGUUUUUUAUGUUGAUGUUAUGCUUCACAUACAUCGUUGCCUUAAACAUGGAGUAUAAUUAACAGGUAUUCAUUUAAUAUUUUCGUCGGAACUCAUAUUAAAUAACACAAUAAACAACGCACAAUAAAUCCAAUAAAAUAGAAUUACAGAUACACAAUGAAAAAUGUUCAACUUUUCCUCCAUAACGAUAAAAAAAACACCAACGCGUGUUUGAGUAGACAUUUUUACCGCUAAUAUUUAAAUGAAAUAUAGUUUGUCAAAGGACUGUCUCAUUUCAAACAUAGACAGAGAUAAUCAUACUAUCUUUGUCUUACACUGGUACUAGCACCCAAAAGAAAAGGAUGAGUAUAGUUUUUUUGUUCUUAUUUACUGACAAACUGGUUUGACUAACUAUAUUUUAAAUCUGUAUUUGAAGGUAAAUUUGCAAUUCAAUAUUAUUGGAAUUUGUUAAUAAUGUAACAUUUAUAUAUUUUUUGUAAAUUCGAUACAAAUAAAACUGCAAAAUAUAUUAAUUAUCGUUUAUUGUUUUUUUUAAGGGGUAUUGGCAGAAUGUCAUUCGGAACCAUAAGCAAAUAUUGGUUAUAGUUUUUUUUUUGGCUGAAUGCCAUGAUGCUGUGUCACAAAUAUAUGUGAAAUGGAAAUUAAAAAAGAGCCACUUCCCGGCCUAGGCCUGCAACUUUGUAUGAAAUUUCAUUACAGGCCCCUCGUCUAGCCGCGCCGGAGUCGUGAUACUUCCCAGCCUAAUAUAAAGAACGUAAUAUCAAUAUUACAUAGCAUGUUUGAGAAAAAGCAAUUUUCCCAAAAAUUACUAAGAAAACGUCCUAGUUCAGAUGAAUAUUGAAAGUCUAGAGCCCGUUUUAGGAAUAUCAUACAAAUCAAUAAUGCUUGUAUUGAGAAACGGCCACCGGGUUUUUGUAAAGAAUCUGUGUAGAAUAUUUUAUUGAAUACAUUCCAAAUACUUUGUAAGUCUGACAAUACUUGACAAGUCAUUACCUGUACUGUAACGUGUUCUGCAAGCAGCGCAGCGCAUUUACAAUUUUACAGGUUCUUUUUAGUGAGUGUUCCUACGGGGCAUUCAUUCAUAAAUUUCAUCAGAUUUUACUCUAGUGUCUAUCGAGAUAAUCUAUGUCAUUAAAUUAAAUUUAUGUUGACGAAUCUCAUGUGGGUGGGUGUGUACCCCAUAAUAUCAUUAUUAAUAAACCUAUCAUUUAGGUUUACUUUAUUUCUGUACCGCCAGUUUUCAAGUGCGGUAAUUAUGUUGAGUACGGCCUACGAAAAUGUUGAUAAAAUUAUGUCAUAAACUUCAACCGCUUUUUAACACUUAAACUUUUUACUAGUUGUUCCUUUUAGAACGUGAUAUAUUAAACUAUGCUCAACAUUUUCUUACGUCGACUAUACCUCAAGAUGCAAGUCACAAACCAUGUUAUAGACGCCACAUACCUACACAAUUAUGCUGUAGGAUAUUUUAUUCAACACUUCACCGAUGCACGUGCAUCUUUUGUAUCAUUAAAUCAUUACUUAGUUUAGUAUUAAAGUAUUUUUUAGAUUUUAUGUUCAAUGGUAUAACACAAUAAAUUAAAUGAGUGAAUUUAUAAAACUAGGGAAGAGGGAUCAAUGAUACUCAUUCGGAGCUGAUAAUAGCUCGCAGACAGGGUCUUGUGUAACAUAUCACAGCAUUAUUUAACUAUUGAUUUUAUUCUGAACGCUGUAUAAAAGCCUGCGAUUCAAAAUCGUGUGUACACGCGCAGAUACUCUCCAAAUUAGUUUCACACGCUCACUAGCGACUUUACAUAGGAAUGAAUUCAUACAUAUCUCAUCAAUUGAGAAGUUACACUUCAAAUUCUUGGUCAAUUAGUGUCAUUACUCUGUUGUGUCAUUUAUCGCGACCCAAGCUUAUGCGUCAGUGGUUAUAAUUAUAUUACAAAAACUAUUAAGUAGCGUAUUAGUAAUUAGCUGUAUGUACUUACAGUCUGACAAGACAUUGUAGAAACUAGAAAUGGCAAGUGUCGUCCCUUUCAAAUCAAUCUAAGAAAAAGGGACGACACUACAGUAUUGCCACUUUUUAAUUUCUACAAUAUCUUGUCGGACAUUACUCGUUCCCACAUAACGACUUUUUUAUCUCGCCACUCACAGAGAUGUGUCGGUCAUCUUUAACUUUAUAACUUGCACCUUUACAGCACGGAUCUAUUAAGAGCGUAUUUGUACUUAAUUAUAGAAAUGUCUCAUUCAGUAGCAAUAUCUUAAUGUCUAACUUUGCUUUUCUUCUACUUAUAUGCUUCAAAAUAUGAAUGUGCCAUGUAUGUUGCCAUAAAUAACGUAAGCCACAAUCGAAAACCAAAAGGGCGAUUUUUGAAUUAAUUUAGCACAUAACUACAAUAAGCACAUUAAAAUUAACUAAUAGAAAAAAUGUAAACGUGUCGAAAACGCUACUCUGCUCUGUAGACAUUAAAUUGUUUAUGACCUGAAGAAGUUCCGCAAUGGCGCGAGUCGAUUGGCGCGUCAUGUUAUGAACCGACGUAGAGCCUCUUGAUUAUGUGAUAAAUAAGAAUAAAGAUAGCUGUAGUCAUUAUGACAUUAUGUUAUGCCAGCUGUAUAAUUUUUGGUGUAUAUAUUUGAGCUGCAGAUGCAGUAGCUACGGGAAGAAUUUUUGCAUGGAUAGCCAACAAUAUUCUCCCAUUUCUGAUAUUUGGCUGCAUAGAACGGCCUACGAUAACUAAACAUUUCUUUACUUUUUGCUUAAUAAUUUCAAACCUUUAUAGUGCAUUUGUAUGUCACGUAUUUUCAUGAUUCAACUGUACUUAGAACAAAGUUGUUUAAAUGUAAAAGAAAAAAUCAGAACACCAUGAAGCUAUGUACUUUUUAAUAAAUGGCGUUAAUUGUGAUAUUUAAUAUGAAUUCAUCCUGCAAACAAGCGUGAAAGGGAAGACUAUCGCGGACACCGCUUUUUCAAUAAAAUUAAUUUAUUGUUAUUUGCUGUAAAACAUUUAUUUUUUAAAUUUAAGAACAGAGUAGUAUUUAUCGCAUUCUAUAAACAUUCUUAUCUCUUUUUUUAAAGUAGUUACCUAGUUUAAUAUAAUACAUCAAAGUGGUGUGGCGUCAAACAUAUCUGUCCAAUCCAGAGAUACUGGAUCACAUUUUCUUUACGAGACAAAUUGUAUGCUUAAUUAAAAAACGUGAAUAUCGAAUUGCAUGGACGCCUCGCCACAGUUACGCCACGAUAAUGUAAUAUGUAAUAAAACGUUACUUUAAACUACACAUGUACAAGGACUAGUUGCACCAAACCGUCUGUCAACGUCAUUGUAGUUCGUAAAAAUUGCUUGUAUGAUAAGUUUCACAGUUAUCUAUUGGGUGACAGCAGCCGACAUAAUUUUUGGCGUAAAUCAAUUCCUUCAUGUACAUGGUGCAACUUGCCCUUAAACUACCAAACUAUCAGAUUAUAAUGUUAUAUAACAUACACCUAUUUACCACUUAAGGGGCUCCCCAUAAGGCAAUCAACUAAUUACAGUUUUACAUCUAUUAUAUUGGGCCGCUAAGGUUUUAAUGAACUAUAUUACUUAUUACAAUUUGCUAAAUACUCUUGAACCAUUUUAUUUAGCUUUUGUGGUAGAUACUUGACACAUAGUCCUAUCCGAUACUAUUACAUUUGGCUGUCUGUACCCAUUGUAAGAUUUGCGGUAGACACUUGACACAUAGUCCCAUUCGAUACUACUUAUAUUACAUUUGGCUGUCAGUACCCAUUGUAAGAUUUGUGGUAGACACUUGACACAUAGUCCCAUUCGAUACUACCUAUAUUACAUUUGGCUGUCUGUACCCAUUGUAAGAUUUGUGGUAGACACUUGACACAUAGUCCCAUUCGAUACUACUUAUAUUACAUUUGGCUGUCUGUACCCAUUGUAAGAUUUGUAAGUAUGCCUGAAAUACAUUUAGGCAAUUUUUUUCCCUAUAUACAUACAAUCGAUAUAAAAAAAAACUAUUUAAAUUAAAAACCAUGACCCGAAGCAGCAUUCAAAACGGACCCCUUUAGUUGGUUAAUAUUUUUAAUAAUCAACAUUUUAAACACUUCUUGAUUGUAACAUUUGUAACGAUAAUUUUCGUUUUUAAUAAUUGUAUGAAUUAUUCACAGUUCAUAAACCAUGUUUAUAUAUAUAAUAAUUGUAUGAAUUAUUUACAGUUCAUUAACCAUAUAAUUUAACUUGUCCCUGUUGUACAUUAUGUCUUGACGAUUGCAGUUCUAUCCAAAAAGUUACUAUUCUAAUAAAAUAUACUCGUAUCUAAGUCUGAACCAAUGUUUAAGUGUUUAUAGCCUACUCAUUCUAUACAGAACAGAAGCAAUGACCUGUCGUUUAGCGAUGUAACGUAGACUAUAUCCGGUGUCAUAUAGUGUUAUAGAUAGACACGUAAACUAGAUGAAGUAACCACUGUGUCCCCAUGAACUCUGUUGUAUUUCUAAGAAUAAAUAUUUUUAUUGAUUCACAUUUUGCCUAUUCAUGUAUAAUAUACAAAAUACAAAAAUAGUUCUUAAA